UUAAAAAAUUCAUAAAAUUUCUACAACAACAAAGUGCAGGCAAAGCAAACAAUUGCAAAUAUUGAAAAAAUAUACGGAAAGUGUUACACAAGUGUGCGGAAAGUGACCAAAAAUAGUAAAAAUAUAUAUAAAUACAAUAACAACAACGGUUUGUUGCAGUCGCAGCGAAAAAAAUGAAAUUAUUAAAUUAACCGGAAACGAAUAGAAAUUAAAUCAGUGAAUUUAUGUGCCAAUACUCACACCAAUACAUACACAAAAAGCAAUUUAUUUAGUAUAUAAUAAAAAAUAAAAGAAAAUCCCAAACACAUACACAAAUACAUAUGCAAGCAUAGCAAGACUUGCAAUGAAAUGAAGUGGUAGUGCUUUGAAAAAGUUAUGAUUUCCUUAUGUUUUUGUUAUGAGUCAAUAUAAUCCAGAAACUGUCACAUAAACAGGCAAGCAGCCAGACAACUAGACAACCAAGCAAUCAGUCGAACAACAACACAGCAACAACAGUCACCACAAACGACUAUUAGUGAACCGAAAUGCUGAGAUAGCCAGCCAACUGAGUGCCAAAUAGACGCGAAGAAAUGUAAUUAUUGGUGGCUGUCCGGCCAGCUGCUGACACAAAGCAACAAUAGCAACAAUAACAAGACCAUAUAGCAAUUGCAGCCACAACUACAAAUAGCAACAAAAUCGAUGUCAACCAUAUUAAUGCCUACAACAACAACAUCAUUCACAAGCUAACUACAAUCAAAUGCGUAUUAUGCCUUUUCAACAUCCAAUUGCCGCAAAUCUUAAAGCCCAACUGAAUGCCACAAAUGCUAUUUAAAGCUAAUAUUUAUGUAACACUACGAAAAGAGGAAAAAAUUAUUGCCAAUUUAUAAAUGCGCAAUACAAAUACAACAAGUGCCAUACACAAACAAAGAAACGCAGCUAAAACGUAACAACACGUAAUAUAAAGUAACGUAACGUAACGCAACGAAUUCCGUCCAAUCAUACUGAGAUUCUUAGUGCCUUUUUACAAAUAAAACAAAACUAAACUAAACAACAAAAGAAUAAUAUAUAAAAAAAACAACAAAAAAAAAAGUUUUAAACAACAAUUGACAUAUGAUAUAUUUCUAAGAAAAAAUAAAAUUAAGAACGUUAACAUAGUUAGACCAGAGCUUCCAAAAGUUUAACGCAGAAAUUAGUAAUAAGAUUAAAGCACUCCCAAAUUGAUAUACAUACAUAUAAGGACUUACGUUUAAAACAUAUACAACAGUACACGCCUAAGCUUUCAUAAAAGCACUACCGAAAAGCUCAUACGUAUUGAACGCCAUAGCAAAUAUAAGCUGAAAAAAAAGCGCUGAAGCAAUUAUUUCAAGCUAUUUGUAGGCUCCUUUGAAAAGCGCACGAAAGCUCUUGAAACCUUGAAAGCUUCCAGCAAAGCUCAAAAGCUCGAAAGCAUUUCUAAAACUUCAAUUUUGCAAUUUACAUGCUAACAACUCCACCGCUUUGACCUAAGCUUUAACUUUUAUACAUACUUACCGUGAGUUGUGCCUCGAGCUGGAGCUUAAGUAUAAGAAGCAUAAGAUGUCCGCAUCGCCUGCCACUACUAGUGUCAUCACUUCGAACGAACUUGCCAUACAACAACAGCUUCAACACCAGCAGCAUCAACACCAACAACAACUUCAAACGCACAGCUCUCCGACGCGCGUCUCACUACCACCCGGUGUUACUGUGACCAACGUUGUGACCACAACGUCUGCAGCCGCUGCCGCCAACGCCAACGGUUUAACACUAAUGCAUCGCUCGCCCGACAGUCCACAGCCCGAGUUGGCCACCAUGACAAAUGUCAAUGUGCUCGAUCUACAUACAGACUCGUCGAAACUCUACGACAAGGACGCGGUCUUUAUUUACGAAAGCCCCAAGGUGGUCUUGCCGACAGUGGGCUCCGGUGCGACAGUCACCAGUGAUGAGCAUGUGAUUGAUGCACGCAUGGUCGCCCAAUUGAACGAACAGCAAGCAGCUGUUGCAGCGGCUGCUGCUGCUGCAGCUGCAGCCAACGAUAAUCAGCCGUUGGCCAAGAUCGAAUUCGAUGAAAAUCAGAUAAUUCGCGUUGUCGGCCCGAAUGGUGAGCAACAACAAAUCAUUUCACGUGAAAUAGUCAACGGCGAACAUCACAUACUGUCACGUAAUGAAGCUGGCGAACACAUACUCACACGCAUCGUAAGCGAUCCGACCAAAUUGAUGCCCAGCGAUAAUGCGGUCGCCGCCGCAAUGUUCAAUCAGGCACAGAAAAUGGCCAACGAUCAUGGUGUGUAUCAGACAUCGCCAUUGGAUGCCUCAAUGCUGCAGCAUUACGAGCCAGAGAAUGUCGUUAAGGCAGAGGUGGAUAUAUAUGAUGAUCCGAAGAAACCGCCGGGCAGCGGUGGUGGUGGUCAGCAAAUACUCUAUACAACAACUGGUCCGGACACUGGGAAGCAACUAUCACAUUUGCCUGUUGCCACGAAGCUGGAGUCGGAAAUGUAUCCGACAGACAAACAUAUCGAUUUAAUCUACAAUGAUGGCAAUAAAACCGUUAUAUACACCACCACAACCGAUCAAAAGGGUUUGGAAAUAUAUUCGGGCAGUGACUUGAGUGGCCUGGUUGCUGAUGGGCAGGUGGUGGUGCAAGGUGGAUUGCAGUAUGCCGGCGCUGGCACAGCUGGUGGACAACCGGUCUAUAUAGUAUCCGAUGGUAGCUUGCCGCCGGGCGUCGAAGGACAUUUGCAAAGCACACCAACGGGCGGCAACAACAAAUUGAAUGGGCAAACCACACCUCUGGACGUGUCCGGCCUAUCGCAAAAUGAAUUCCAAGGCCUGCUGCUUGGUUCACACCCAUCGGCGGCCGGUGGCAACGGCAACGCAUCCACAACACCAACAACCAUCUCACAGCACUCGGCCAUUGUGGCAGCGGCCACCGCCGCAGCAGCGGCAGCUGGUGGCGCCACAGCUGUAGUGGUCACCGCCGAGCAGCAGCGCCAACAACAGGCCCAACAGACGAUCAGCAUCAAACGCGAACCGGAAGAUCUGCGCAAGGAGCCGAAAAGCGGCGUCAGCAGCACCAUCGUCGAUGCGACGAACAGCAUCACCAAUGGUGGCGUGAUAAGCGGCACCGCACAUCACCAGCAACACGGCGGAACGAAGGUUUUAGUUGUGCAGUCACCGACAUCACCAACACAAACGACCAUACAAAUUAAAGAACCGCCCAUUAGUCCUGGAAGUCCAACAACUGACACAAUGUACGCUGCCAGUGGCGGCACACAAAUCUACUUGCAGGGCGCUCAUCAGUCCAAUGCACCCGGUUCCGCUGGCGUUCCGAAUAAUGUGAAUGUCAACGCACAGACACCCAGUCCCGGUCCCUACAUCACACCCGACGGUUAUGGCAUGUACACCACCACACGCCUCACCUCGGGCGGACCGACAUCAACCUUCAUUACAGAGCCUUAUUACCGCGAAUUCUAUACCACAGCCACCACGGCCGACACACAGACUGGCUAUGGACAGGCGCCACGUAAUAUCGUGUAUGGCGGUGCUGAGAGCGAGCCACCACAUCCGGGCACCACGUAUGAGGGGCGCUUCACCACGUCCGCAGCACCCGUGACCAGCAUGCCAUCGCACACCACAGCCAAUACGGGGGGAAUGAAGAACGGUACACCGGUGUAUGCUAAGACCAUCACAGCUGCUGGACUGACGGUGGAUUUGCCGAGUCCGGAUUCGGGUAUUGGCGCUGAUGCGAUAACACCAAGGGAUCAGAAUAAUAUACACCAGUCUUUCGACUAUACAGAGCUUUCUGGCACAUUAUUGGACAGCAAUGGCGGCAUUCCAGUCUCGGUGAAUAGCAUACAACGCGGCGCCGUGAGCGUUCAUGGACAAAAUAGCCCGACCACAUCGUUGGGCGGCUCGACGCCGAAUGGCGCCACACGCUCGAGGCCAUGGCAUGAUUUUGGACGACAAAAUGAUGCGGAUAAAAUACAAAUACCAAAAAUCUUCUGCAAUGUCGGCUUCCGCUACCAUCUGGAGAGUCCAAUCAGUUCAUCACAGCGACGCGAAGAUGAUCGCAUCACAUACAUCAACAAAGGACAAUUCUACGGCAUCACAUUGGAGUAUGUGCCCGAUCCAGAUAAGCCCAUCAAGAACACAACUGUCAAGAGCGUUAUUAUGCUGAUAUUCCGUGAAGAGAAGAGCCCCGAUGAUGAAAUCAAAGCUUGGCAAUUCUGGCACAGUCGGCAGCAUUCGGUUAAACAGCGCAUUUUAGAUGCAGAUACGAAAAAUUCCGUCGGCCUAGUUGGUUGCAUCGAGGAGGUCUCCCACAAUGCCAUCGCUGUCUAUUGGAAUCCGCUGGAGAGCUCAGCCAAGAUCAACAUCGCCGUCCAGUGCCUGAGUACGGACUUCAGCAGCCAAAAGGGAGUUAAGGGUCUACCGUUGCACAUUCAAAUCGACACAUUCGAAGAUCCGCGCGAUGCACAGGUCUUCCAUCGAGGCUACUGCCAAAUUAAGGUCUUCUGCGAUAAGGGUGCUGAGCGCAAAACACGUGAUGAGGAGCGACGCGCUGCUAAGCGUAAAAUGACCGCCACAGGACGCAAGAAGCUCGAUGAGCUGUAUCAUCCGGUCACCGAACGUUCGGAGUUCUAUACAAUGCAGGAUUUGCAAAAGCCACCGGUACUAUUCUCGCCCGCCGAUGAUAUGGAAAAGAGCUUUUAUGGCCAUGAGACUGAUUCACUGACCGGCGCACCAGAUCUCAAAGGCACAUCACCAUUCUUGUUGCAUGGCCAAAAAGUGGCGGCGCCAACACUCAAAUUCCACAAUCAUUUUCCGCCCGACGUGCAGACCGACAAGAAGGACCACCUGCUGGAUCAAGGUCUAGUACCCAGUGCCAUGGGCGAUUUUGUGCCACCAAUGAAGCGCGGACGCAUGACACCGCCCACCAGCGAACGCGUUAUGCUGUUCGUGCGACAGGAGAACGAGGAAAUCUACACGCCGCUGCAUGUGGUGCCGCCCACCACUAUUGGCCUCUUGAAUGCGAUUGAAAGUAAAUACAAAAUCUCAACAGCGAGUAUAAAUAAUAUUUAUCGUACAAAUAAGAAAGGGAUUACUGCGAAAAUUGAUGACGACAUGAUUUCGUAUUAUUGCAAUGAAGAUAUAUUUCUGCUGGAAGUGCAACAGAUCGAAGAUGAUUUAUAUGACAUAACAUUAACGGAGUUACCCAAUCAUUGAGCGCAUGAAGAAGUUUAUAUAAUUGUAGAAUAAAAUAGCAACAACAAUUGUGUAUGCGAGGCAAUAGCAAGAGCAGCAGCGAACAAAAGCAAUAGCAGCAAUAAGUGAAUACACACACACACACACACACAGCACCUGUAUGUAAGACAAGUGGCAGCUAAGCAAAAACAAGAAGCUGCGAAUUAGAUAAACUCAGCGCACAUUGUUAUUGUAUUUGUUUAAAGAAGCUGAUGUGUUAAGUGUUUUUUUUUAUAAAGAUGAUGACAACAACCAUAACUUGGACAGAAAUGCACAAAGCAAUGGACACAAUAUAUAUUAUGGUAGAUAAGCAAUUGCAAAUGAAACAAAAACAACAAAAAAAAUAAAAAAAUAAAAAAAUUAUACAAGAGCAUAUAUACACUUAACUAUGUUUUUUCAUGCUAAUAUUAUUAACUAAGUAUAACGGAAAAAGUAAGCAGCAGGCGAAGUAAAUAUGUAAGAGUUUAUACAUUUACAAAAACAAAGAGAGAGUAUAUAAAAUCUAAUAAAAAUCUUAAGUGUUAGCUUGCGCGUGAGGCAAAGCAACACUGAGAAAUUUGCAAAUUGGCUAAAUAUUAGUAUAAAAUUAGUAGAUAAAAAGUGGUAAAGGCGGCAAAUGACAAAAAAUCAAUUGCAAAAACAUUGAAAGUUCAACUCCAUUUUAUGAUUUGCUUGCUUUAAGUAAAUAGUGUGCGUGAAAAUUUAAUUGUGUUUAUAUUUUUAUUAAGUAAAUAAGUUUAACUUAAGUACACACACGCUUAAUUGAGAUUCAAAAAUGUCUUUUACAUGCAAAAAGCAAAAAAAAAAAACAUAUAUAAAAAUAAAAUGUAAAUUAUUACGGUUCAUGUAAGGGAAAUUCAAUAAAAUUCGCUAAUUUUUUCAAAAUAUUUUUUUUCAUGUAUACUUUUUAACCAUUUCGUCCGAAGUUUAGGAAGUUCAAAAAUCUUAAAAAAUCUCAAAAUCAUUUUCCAAAAAAGCAGUCAUUGUUGCGCCGCCACAUCGCUUCCAAUAUUAAUAUGUUUUGUAAUCCGUUCAGUAAGCGUUAAAUAAGAAAUAGUUUAACUAAGUAAAUACAAAAUAUAUAGGCAUGCGACAGCAAAUGCAACAAAAAUAUGUAAGUGUGUAUGUAUUUAACGUAACAAAUAAUAUGCGCCAUAAAGCUUUCACACAUCUCAAAGCUGUCACCACAUGAAAGCUUGCCACAAAAGCUUUACAUGCUUACUUCGUGCAACUGCGUAUGCAAUGCAACAUUUCAGUGCUUUUGAAUCGCCUUAGUUAAAUGCGAACAUUACAUUAAGAAGGAAAUAAAAAUGAAAAACAAAAAACGCAUAAUUAUAAAAUUCUCAAAAACUUUUACUUUAGCAAUAAUUAACGCGUAAAGCUUUUCGAACAAACGCUUAAGUUCAGCGUGCAGUUAAAAAUUUCACAUUUUUGUAUAUUUUUGCUUUUCUUUACUCAACUCAACGUAGUACUUAAAGUUUUUUCUAAUUUUGUAUACCUAAAUAAGUUUUAGUUUUACUUAAGUAAGUUACUUUAAACUUUACUCAAACAAUGUUUUUUAUUAUAUAACUAUUAUUAUUAUUAUUUUUAUUACUAUUAUCAAUUGCUAUAUAUAAUUUUUGAUAAAUAAAAUUCGAACAAAAUUCGAUCUGUUGAACAAAAAUCUUAAAGAAUUUUCUUAUAAAAAUAUAAAACAACACUUUUUGGUUGAUUAAGCAAGCUUUUGGACUUUUCAUUAAAGCGUAAUGCUUCUCAUGUAAAACUCUGCAAAUACUUUUCCCUUUUGAUACAUAUUAAUAUUGUGCUUUGAGUAGAUUUUGUGAAAGUUUUCAAAGUCAUUGUGAAAAAGCUUCAUAAAAAAGUACGCCGUUUGAAAGAUUUGAAGUUCAGUGUAAAUUUUCAGUGAAAGCUUGGCUAUAGAAAGCUUAAAAGUAACCCAAUUAUGGACAAUUUAUGAUAACGUUUUUCUAGAAAAAAGUAACUAAACUCAAUUCAAGCUGAUAAGUUAAUUCUAAUAGUAAAAUUAAAUUAAUUAACUGUGAUUCUAAAAUUUCACAAAAGCUUUCGUAUAUACAU